CUCUCAGUGUCUGAUGCUGAAAUAGCUGAACUUAAGCGCAGGAAUAUCGAGUUUCUAAGAGCGAAUGAGGAAUAUAACGAGAGGCGUGAUGCCAAGGAAAAGAAAUUAGAGGCUAGGAUCGCAAUAGUGGAACAGAAUGAUAAGGAAGCGACAUCAGAGGUGUUACCAGAGAUAUCAGCGCCUAAUAAUAACGCGGACAUCAAGUCAUCGGAAGAUAAGAAAACGGAUUCUUUCUUAGAUGAAGUGCAUAAGAAAAAGGACUUAAGUGUCCCAAAGGGACCUGCUUAUUCUGUAGAUAAAGAAUCUCGAUCACAUAAGAAGAAAAAAACGGAAAAUAUCGUGCAGGAUGUAUUUGAUUUUAUCAUGGAUGGGUCCGAGAAAAAACACAUGACUGAAUUUCGCUUACGGGCCAAUGCAUGUACUGCAGAAAAUGAAAGGGUAAAGGCUAACCAGGCGGAAUUCUAUGAAAUUAUGAUCAAAGAAAAGGUGAGCACGAAAAAGGCCAAAAGACUGAUUUACGAUUUUAUUCUUGCACACAAUCCUGACAUCAAACGAAAUACUUUAUAUCAGCGCAUCAAUAGAGCCAGGAAGGUUUAUGAUCAAAUUCAAACUAUUGUUGAUUAUUUCUCCAAGAAUCCAAACGCCGAAUUACCAGAUGAUCAGGAAGACUCUAUUAUCGAUUUCGAAGAGGAGAUUUCGGAUGAUCAGACUAAUGCAUCGGAGGCGGUUUCAGCUGAAUCAACCUUACCUAUUCCUGUAUCUUAUGACCUUAAUUCUUCAGGCCCUGUUAAUGCGGAUGAUGGCAACCCCAAUUCAAUCAAUGGUGACUCUGAUUCCGAUGAUUCUGAAGAAGAGAUGCACCGAAGGGACGAUUCGGAUGAUGAUGGAUAUAAUGGAUACGGUGGAUAUAAUGAAUAUGGUGAAUGUGAUAGAGCUAUUAUUAUCGUGAUGGAAGAUACGAAAGGAGAGGGUCCCCAAUGUUGA